AUUUUGGCAACUCAAAUGGCCUCCAAAGCUGCCACGCAACGCUCUUCUGCUGUGUCUCAAAGCCACGUAUUCUCCAAACAAUCUGAUACAUGCCAUUUUAUCUUAAAAAAUAAAUUGCCUGACUGUCAUGUUUUUGGCUGUGCUCCUAGCAGGAAAUUAUCAGUGAACCAUUUAUGUGCCGAAACUCCUGACAAAGUGGAUAUGUAUUUCUAUGAUAGUGAACCGACUAUUUCCAAUGGAACACAUUUUGUUCCUAAGCCGGAGAUGGAGCAAGUUCAGAGUGCAAAAACUCGAGACGAUCGCCGAGAUAGGUCUCGCAAUGCGAAGGCCAUCUCUGAUUUCCCCAAGGACAAAUCACUUGCGGCAAGUGCGAUAUUCAGAAAAUCCGAAAUUUUGACACCAGAGCAUGCUUUUGUGCAAUAUCAGACGCGCUCAGAUGAUCAGACCUGCCAGGUAUGUGGUCAGCCAGCUGUAGGAUUUCAUCAUCGCGCUUACGUUUGUGAAGCAUGCAAAGGCAGUAUUCUAUACAUGAAAAAUUGA